AUAUUUUCAUCGCUGAAACAUCGCUCAGAUUCUCAAAACCUUUGAAGGAAGGUCGUUCAAAGACUUCGAAGCACUCGUAAGAAAUUGUCUGAUAAAUUCACAAAAUGUUUUCCCGAUUAUCGAUUGGCGUUGCCCAAGCAGGCAGAACAUUUUCGACAUCGUCUCAGAAAAAUGUUAAAGUGGCAGUCUGUGGAGCUUCUGGUGGCAUUGGACAACCAUUAUCUUUAUUGUUGAAGCAAAGUCCAUUGGUCACCCAAUUACAUUUGUAUGACAUUGUUCACACACCUGGUGUCGCUGCUGACCUAUCUCACAUUGAUACUCCAGCUGUUGUUCGCGGUUUCAAUGGACCCGACAAUUUGGACGCUGCUUUGAAGGGAGCUCAAGUCGUUAUCAUCCCAGCUGGUGUACCACGAAAACCCGGCAUGACCCGUGACGAUCUAUUCAAUACAAAUGCUGGUGUCGUUCGUGAUAUUGCUGCAGCAAUUUCUCGCAAUUGUCCCAAGGCAUUGGUUGGAAUUAUCACGAAUCCCGUCAACUCGUGUGUACCAAUCGCAUCAGAGGUUUUGAAGAAGGCCGGCUGUUACGAUCCGAACCGAAUUUUCGGUGUAUCCACAUUGGAUAUCGUUCGUGCUUGUGCAUUCAUUGGCGAAGCUGCUGGACACAAUCCAUUGGAUGUCACAAUUCCGGUGAUCGGUGGCCAUUCCGGCGUCACAAUCAUUCCAUUGUUGUCGAACUGCAAGCCAGCCGUCAAUUUCCCGGAAAGUCAAGUGAAACAAUUGUCCGAACGUAUCCAGGAAGCCGGCACAGAAGUGGUUAAGGCCAAGGCUGGAGCUGGUUCGGCCACAUUGUCCAUGGCAUAUGCUGGCGCUCGAUUUGGAUUGUCGUUGGUGCGAGCGAUUAAGGGUGAAAAGAAUAUCAUUGAAUGCGCCUACGUUAAAUCGAAUGUGACAGAGGCGACAUACUUUUCGACACCGUUGAGACUCGGCCCGAAUGGAAUCGAAGAGAAUUUGGGUCUGCCCAAAUUGAAUGCUUUCGAAGAGGGUCUGUUGAAGGCCGCUAUUCCAGAGCUGAAGACAAACAUCAAGAAGGGCGAGGAAUUUGUUAAAAAUAAUUAAGAAAAAAGAUAUUCUUCGGUUCAACGAUUCCCCAUCGCUCAUUUGUGGAUCCAAUUUGUCAUUUAUCAACCAAAUUAAUUUUUUCUUCUUUUUAUUCCGACUUGUCCGGGACAAGAAAGUUGUUCUUAAUUGUUAGCGCUUUGAAAAAGUGGAAACAAAUCGAAAAUUUUUUGUAAAUCCAGUGAGUCACUGCCUCUUAGGCGAGACAUGCUCACAUAGAAACACGAUAUUAUUUUAAGCCAGUCAAACCCUUGUUAUAAACGAAUGUACAUUAAAUGAAGUAUAAACCAAAUUUAC